GUAAGUUUUCCUGCCAUUUGGGAUAGAUGCGUAUAAAUAACGUGCGCGAAGCUUACUAUGACAGGAAGCGGCGCUACUCCCUUUGUCAUUGUUUAACGAGUGGUACUCACUCUUGCCGACGUUCUGUUGCUGAAGCCCUUUCUUUGAAGGUUAGCGAUAAAAUGCUGGCGGAUGAGCAAAUUUCUUUAUCCUCGAGGAAAGCCGUACAUCUCGAAGUGCCGGUAACACGUUCGGACGGUUGCAGCAGCGGUCCGCGAACUUGGCCACACAGAUUCAUUCCAUUCUUUAACAUUCCAGUCCCUAUUUUUGCAGCCAACUACUGCACACGUCUUCAAUCCACAUGAUUCAAUCUAGCAUGAUUAGAGCACAGUGCGUUAGCGAAAACUCAGUUGCAUUUCUGAGAGCUGAUCGCACAGAAGCAAGGUAAAAGCGGUAAUGGUUUCGUAUUCGUGCGCGGUUGCUGAGGAGACGUAUGGCGCGCCGCCGUAAGCGCCUCUAAAACAAACUGCUCCGCGAAAAGGGUCAAUAAGGGGCGUCAGCUUCUUCGACCCAUCGGGCCAUGCCACCGCAGUCGCAAUGCUGUUCUCACCGUUUGCAUUUGUACAGAAAGAAUGCACGGUACUGCAAGGCGCUCUUCAAAGGAACCACUGCACUUGUGGAACGUUCCACAGCGCUCUACAUAUGAUGACGAAGCUCAGAGCGACUUGCCAGGUUUCCGGCCUUCUCUAAGUCGGAUGACAACACCAAGCUCAGGGCAUUACGAAUGUAGGCACCAGCCACAAGAGCAGGAACAUUUAGGGUUGGAGAGACACCAACGAACCAGCACCCAUGCCUGCUCGCCUCUUAUGGAUGCCUCUCGGCCAAGAAAGGAGUUCGCACAAUCAGGUCGUAGAGCGCUUACAGAAGCAUCAUAUGGGCUGAGCAGAGCUUCAUUUCCCACUGCUGAUGUACUGUCUACACCUACCUCAAGGCCCACAAGCAGACCAGUUUCAACCAUGCAUGGGCCAUCUGCUGUGCAGUGGCCCUUCGCCAGUUGGCCCCGCAAGGGAUGUGAUACAAAACCAUUUGAGAACGUCGAGGCAUUUGAAGAAUUUGAUGCCGAGAUUUCUGCGAAUGAAACAAUGAGGACGCGCCUGAUGCAGCAAUUUCGUGGUCUAGGCGGCAGCAGCAUUGGACCCGCAACACGGCGCAUUUUAGGAAUCUUACUAAGCCAAGAAGUGGCCGUGCAGUAUAGUUGGCUUGGCAUGAAGGGAAAAAAAGAUUUUUCUGCAUUGCAAGUGGCUGACACAAUCACAAGGGCUGUAAUGCAAAACUUUUCUACAUCAAAACGACGUGAUGUAGAGAACGUAAUAAAGGGGUGGCUGCGCCACUCUGGCGAAAAACUGCGCAAACAGCAGGCCAAGGCUGACACACCUGAAGGCUCACUGGAUGUGCACUCGGAUUUUUCGGAUUAGGUGCUUCAAAGUUCGAGUACAGAGCCCAAA